UGGUCGGCCUUGUCAUGGUCAUAGCCUGGUACAUCUACCGGAAGAAGAAAGGUCUGACCCUGCUGCCCACCACUGACGCCUCCACCGGCCUCCCCACCCACCAAUGGGCCGCCAGCUCCGGCCCCAUCCCCAUCAGCCGGAGCUACCCGGACAUCAGCCGGUCAUCAGAGCCGGGGAAAGGCUCUGGUAACGUCAGCAAGAAGAAUAUUUUGAUCGCUGACCGCCAGUGGACGCUGCCCACGGUGCCACAGCGGCACCAGAACUUCCAGCGCCUGAUCUCUCACCGGCUGAACAUGUCGCAGAUCGAGUUCACGGUCCAGAGCGUCAAGCAGAAGGAGCAGCCGGACCUCGGCGCCAUCAAGCCGGAACUCUACAAGCAGGCCUCCGUGGACAGCCUGCGGUCCGAGCAUGUGCCGUGCGGCAAGCUGUUCUUCAGCCUCCGCUACAACCCGGAGGAGCUCACACUGGUAGUCAACAUCAACCGCGCGGAGAGUCUGCCGGCUAAAGACUUUUCCGGCACGUCGGAUCCGUACGUCAAGGUUUACCUCCUGCCGGACCGGAAGACGAAGCUCCAGACCAAGGUGCACCGGAAGACCUUGAACCCGGAGUUUAACGAGACCUUCACCUUCGUGGUGCCGUACGACGAGCUGUCCCAGCGGUGCCUACAGUUCAACAUCUACGACUUCGAUCGCUUCUCCCGACACGACGCCAUCGGCACGGUCAAGGUCAAGGAUAUUCUCGGGGAGGGGAGUCUGACCAAGGAGACGUAUUUUGUCAGGGAUAUCUACGCCGCACAACAGGAGAAAGCUGACAUCGGAGACCUGAUGCUCUCCCUCUGCUACCUGCCCACGGCUGGCCGGCUGACACUCACGGUCGUCAAGGCUAGGAACCUUAAAGCUAUGGACAUAACCGGUUAUGCCGACCCGUACGUCAAGGUGUGUCUGAUGUGCCAGGGGCGGCGCAUCAAGAAGAGGAAGACGUCCGUCCAGAGGAACACGCUCAACCCGGUGUUCAACGAGGCGCUGGUGUUUGACGUCCCGCAGGAGAGUGUGGAGGACGUCUAUCUGGUCGUCAAGCUGGUGGACUACGACAGGAUCGGCAGCGACGAGUUGAUGGGGUGUGUGGCCAUGGGGCCGAAGAUCAACGGUCAAGGUCGUGAGCACUGGUACGAGAUGCUGGAGAGCCCGAGGAAGCCCGUGGCCCAGUGGUACUCACUGCUGGAACACGUGACCCUGCCCACCAGCAGUAACGGCAAGUGUUGCCUACGUCAGCGGCAGUCUACAGAGGAGUCCAAUCAUAGCGACGGCAACCUUUAGAACAUUCGAGAUCAUCUAGAACAAUCGAUAACAUCUAGAACAUUUGGAGAUGUCUAGAACUUUUGCGACCUGCAGAACAUUUGUGAAGCUUUAGACUGUUCUUGACCACUAGAACUUUUGGGACACCUAGACCUUCGUGUUGACACAGAAAAGAAUGAGUGAAACACCAAUGUUGUUGUUAUCAAGUCGUCUGGUCUGGUCUAAUGUGUUACCUACCAGCGGUGCAUGUCUGUUUCACGCCUGACCGCCCACGGCACCACACAUCUGUACCAGGAAGCCAUGUCAACUGUUGCUGCUGACAAUCUUUCUAAAGACGAAGCGAAAUUCCAGGGCCGUUUUUCGUUAAUUAAAAUCUAUUUUUAUACAGUUUGUUAUGUUUGCAGACGAAAGGCCGUGGUCACGCUCCAGUUCACAGCCGGUAAUUCUUGUGUAAAGCAGGAAGAGAUGGAUAGUUUAGGGAGGAGUAGCGUAUGCCGAGGGCGACUCUACGCUGACUACUUGCUGGAAAUUCCGGAACCUUAACCGUCUCAAGUCUGACUACAAAAAUCCUUCGACGUCACCCCCCCCCCCC